AUAAUCUUCCUUGUAAUCAAACAAUCAAGAUUGAAGAAUAGAAACGGAAAUCGGAAUUCGUAAUUCAAUUUUAUUAGCAGCGACGGUGAUUACAGUGAUUCGAACAAGCAAGCAAAAUACAAAUUACAAAUAAGAAACCGAAAUAAUAUAGCUUGGCAAGAAUAUUUGGUUCAAUUUCUUACAACAACAAAAAAAAUACAGAAAUUGAAUUCUAAUGACAGUCAGCUAUCAAUACGAUGUUGCUUCCUCAUCAACCGGAGGCUUUUUUCGGCUUCUAUGGCGUUGGCGAGGUAGCAUUUGGAAAUUAUUAUACAAAGAAUUAUUAUUGUUUGUGGCCGUCUAUAUGUGCAUUGCAUUCACAUAUGAUUUUUUGAUGACUGAUUAUUAUAAAAAAUACUAUGAACAUAUCGUGAUAUUUUGUUCAGCAUUCGUCGAAGUAAUUCCAUUAUCAUUCAUAUUGGGCUUUUACGUAUCAUUCACUGCUACACGUUGGUGGCAACAAUAUACAGCUAUUCCAUGGCCAGAUAAAUUGAUGAACAUCAUAGCCCUUUAUAUUCCUGGCAAUGAUGUUACAUCACGUGUUCUUCGUCGUACAUUGAUGCGUUAUCUAAAUCUAACAUUAGUGCUUGUAUUACGUUCGAUUAGUAUUCCAGUGAAAAGACGUUUUCCAACUAAAGAACAUCUUGUUGAAGCUGGUUUUAUGUCUCGUCCUGAAUUAGAAAUCUAUCAAUCUGUACCAUCACAUGAAUUUAAUACAUUCUGGAUACCAUGCACAUGGUUCGUUAAUCUAUUACGUGAAGCUAAAUCCGAAUGUCGUAUAACCGAUUCGGGCGGAAUCAAAUUAAUUAUGGAGGAAUUCAAUGAAUUUCGUAGCAAAUGUGGUCUAUUAUGGAGCUAUGAUUGGGUCAGCAUUCCAUUAGUUUAUACCCAGGUAGUUACAUUAUCAACGCAAGCAUUUUUUUUGGCAUCAUUAUUAGGCCGUCAACAUAUAAAUCCUGCUAAACAACAUGUUUACGGUGAAUAUUACAUUCCAAUAUUUACGAUGCUUCAAUUCAUUCUCUAUAUGGGAUUACUCAAACUUGGUGAACAAUUGAUAAAUCCAUUCGGUGAUGAUGAUGAAGAUUUUGAAUUGAAUUGGAUCAUUGAUCGACAUUUAAAAGUAUCGUUUUUGGGUGUUGAUGUUCUUAAUUCAGAUCCACCACCGUUAAUCAAAGAUAAUUACUUUGAUGAAAUGGACAUUAAACUGCCAUAUACUGAAGCCGCUGUCGCGCAUAAAGUAAAAACCUAUCGUGGUUCUGUAGCUGCCUUUCAUGUUCCUACGGAGAAACAUGGUUUGGUCAUUCCGGAAUUCGAAGAUGAAAAUGGUGCCGAUAGUGAUGAUGAACCAUCAACAAUACAAAGUAAUCGUGAUGCUGUAGCACGAAAUAAUUCCUGGUCAUUGUUUAGUAGUCAAAGAAAACGUAAACUAAGUUCAAGUUUUGAUUCAUUCAAUUCCGAAUUGAUGGUCGAAACUGGUCUGAGUGAAAGCGAAAUGCCUGAACUUGUUCCAACAAAUUCAUCAUGGCCAACAUUCCUACAAACUGAACAGCAGCAGCAACUACGGCAGCAAGCAGUGAUUGGUGAUAAUAAACAACCAGCAACAAGUUCUGUAGCAUCGCUUUCAUCCAAACUUAGUGUCUGGCCAAUGAAUAGACAAGAACAACGAAAGGCCAAUGAAGACACUCAAGGUAUCAGGUGGAGUGAUAAUGGCCCAAAGAAUGAAGCAUCCACAAUCAACAAUGAUGAUAAUAAGAAUCAGCAACCAACAUCAGAGCAACAACAGUCUAUUGAUGAUAGACAACCAAUCCUAUAUAAACAAUCAAGUUUUUCCACAUCAGAUUCAUCCAUUGCUAUUACGAUGGGUGAAACAACCUAUCAAUGGCCUAAUCAGACUGCUGCGGCAAGGAUUUUUCGUCCUCAUAAAUCCCCUUUGCAAGUGUAUUCAAAAGAAAUGGCCAAUGCACCGAUAAGUGUUUUCAAUCAGAUUUUAGAAUCAAAUUUACGACGACAAUCGAAAAAUUCAUCAUUAAGUUCAUUAGGUUCAACGAAAACAGCCGAACAAACAGUUCGAACAUUUAAACCAUAUAAAUCAUUGAUAAAACCAUCCCGACAAGCUGAUCCUAAAUUAAGGAUACGGCCAUUUCGUUCGAAAGUUACAUUUAGUGAUGAUACUAAAAAUGAUGAUAAUACAUUACAAAUACGUUCCAUCGGUGGUAGAGGAUUCCAAUAUCAAUAUGAUUCAAGUUCCGAAUCAAAUUCAAGUUUAAUGAGAGUACAAGAAAUCGGUCAACAACAAUCAUCAUCAUCACAACAUUCAAAAACACGAACGAGAACAAAUCCUCGAUUACCACUGCCACCGCCAUCAGUGGAUUCAAAUAGAAAUUUUUCCCUAAAAUCAAUACAAGAUUUACCAUUUAAUGAAAAUCGUAAACGAAGACAAUCAAUGGAUCCGACAAUUUAUCAACGUGAUAAACCAAUAGUAAUAGAAGAAACUGGUCAAGAUAAUUGGUUACAUUAUCAAAGUCUACCGAAUAUUCAAGAAGAAGAUCAACAGGUUGCUUUAUUAUCAUUACAUGAUGUUAGUCCAACCAUACCGACGGCAUCAGAUUCAUUGGCGAUGGGACAAUCAAUACAACGAACACCAUUAGAUAUUCGAUGUCAUCAUCAACCAUCGGCCACAUUGCCAGAAAAACCUAAACCAUUUUCUCCACCAGAAAAGAUACUUCAGCCAUCAGAGUUACCGAUAUCACAGCCACAACCCGAACCAGUCAAUCCACCAUUAUUAACGACUACACAAACUACUUCUCCGGAUGUAUUAUUAUCACCAUCGUUGAUUCCCGAGACGACAUCUACCACUACUAUGACCACAUCGAAUCCAGUUAGAAAGAAAAGUUUUAAACGGCAAAAAAGUCAGGAAAUUCCUGAUGAAGAUUUAAAAUUACGUUUAUCUAGUCCAAAAACAGCAAAUAAAAUAAUGGUAAAACAAUCAUCAUCAGAUUCACAAGGUUCAAGUAAUUCAUCAAGUAAUAAAGGAAUAAUGCCACCUGGAAUACUAAAGAAACGAAAUGAAACAACACUCAAACAAGCAUCAACUGAAUCGGAUACUGGUAGUUAUCAUACCGUACGAUCUUUAGUGAUGCAUCCAUCAUCUUCAAUCGAUUCAUUUACAUCUGCUGUCAGCGAUCCGAUCACUAGUAAUGGUAACAGUAGUAGCAAUGGUGAAAAUGAUAAUACAACUGUAACGAUAAUCAAUACGGAUAAAGAAUCAACAUUGACCGAAAAUCGUUUACUUUCAUUUCCGACAAUCGAAUCAACAUUAGUACCAAAAAUAAUAUUUUCACAAUCAACACCAUCGGUUACAUCACAAUCAUCGGAUGAUCAGAAUAGUCCAAAAUGGGAUGAACGAUAUUCCGAAUUUUCCAGCAUGGAAACUAUCGUUCAUAGUAUGACUGAAGAUUCAAAUACAACACUUCGAUUGCAGAAAAACAACCCACAAACGAAUCAUUUAAAAGCAUUGAAAGAUGAGAUUACUGCACCGUCUACUAAAUUCAUUCAUAAAUCAAUGCACGAUUCUUCCAUAAUUGAUUCUGCUGCCUCAUCAACACAUUCUCCAACAUCAUCUUGUCCAUCAAAACAACAACAACAACAACCACUAAUAAAUAUCAGAAAAGGUUCGAUCAAAAGGUAGCAUUUUGUACGGGUCAAACUUAUUAUUAUGUGUAUUACCUCACCAUAAUAUUAUGGAAAAUUUAACGUGUCAAAUUGUUUUAGAUAUUUUUAUUGAAGACCAACAAAACAAAAAACUUGUUCAUCUAUACAUCUCGUGUAUUUUGUUAUUUUAAUUUAUUCAAAAAUAAUUAUUAAAUUAUUAAAUUUUAAUAAA